GUGUACGGAAUUUAUUUAAUAACGCAAAUCGAGAUUACUGUGAAGAUUUCCACUUUGUAAUUGUUGUGAGUGAUUAAACAGUGGGUAAAGAUGCUAAUUGAAUUGCUUUUACUCGUAGUUUCGCUAAUCGGAAUUUUUAUCAUAAAUUUUACUUGGAAAUAUGAUUAUUGGAAAAAACGAGGUAUUCCAUAUGAAAAACCAAUUUUCCCAUUUGGUAGUAUUAAAGAUUCCCUGCUUGGAAAAAAGACUUUAUGCACGGUGGUAGAUGAAUUGUAUUACAAAUAUAAAGAUUAUAAAUAUUUUGGAUUACAUUUUGGACGAUUGCCAAUAUUAUUUUUGCGUGAUCCACAAUUAUCCAGAUCAAUUUUGGUGAAAUAUUUCAAUCAUUUUCAAGAUAAUGCUGCUCGUUUAAAUGCAAAAAAUGAUCCUAUAAUUGGUAACAAUCCUUUCUUAUUAAAAGGAAAUAAAUGGAAAAUUGCACGGGCACAUAUAACACCUGGAUUUACAGCCUUAAAAAUAAAACAAAUGUUUCCAAAUAUGGCUUCAGUGUCUGAACGUCUUGUAGCAUAUAUUCAACAAAAUAUUGACGCUUCAACAAGAAGUCUUGAAGCAAAAGAAGUUGCAAGCAAUUUUACAACUGAAGUGUUCACUUUAAGUGCCUUGAAUAUAAAAUCGGAUUCAUUUGAAAAUCCAAACAGCUCUUUCAAAACAAUUUCAAAUAAAAUGUUUGUUGGAACAGGUUUUUUCACAAAUAUCACUUGGACAUUAAUGAUUGUAGAUCCACCAUUAUUGGAGUUUAUUGGAACUAGGAUGAUGACAAAAGAAGGCGAAGCUUACUUUCGAAAUGCAAUAAAUGAUAUUUUGGUUCAUCGAGAAAAAAACAAUUUAGAGAUUAAUGAUUUUUUAAAUUAUUUAAGCAAUCUACAGCUUAAAAAUAAAGGUAAUUUUACGAGAGAUGAUGUAGUUUCAAAUAUCGUUUCAUUAUUUCUUGAUGGAGUUGAAACAUCUGCAGCAACUAUUCGAGCGUUUUUAUAUGAAGUAGCUGCAAAUUCUCGAGUAUUCGAAAAAUUACGAGAAGAAAUUGACACAAUUAAAGCUAAAUAUAAUAAUGAAAUUACAUAUGAUGCCAUACAAGAAAUGGCUUAUUUAGAUUCUUGCUUGCAAGAAACAUUACGUAUUAAUUCAAUAGUUUUUGCAACAGUAAAAGAAUGUACAGAACCUUUCGAAUUUCCCCCACUAAAUGACGGUGAAUCAGGAUUAAAAAUUGAUAAAGGUGUAUCAGUUUUAAUUCCUGUUCAUCCCAUACAACAUGAUUCUGAUUUUUACUCAGAUCCUGAAGAAUUCAAACCAGAACGAUUUUAUAAUGAUGAAACAAAAAUUGAGGCUAGAGCUAAUUUCUUUGGAUUUGGUGAUGGUCCAAGAAUGUGUUUAGGAAUGAGAUACGGAUCACUUGUUACCAAAUUAGCAAUAGCUACAAUUGUAUCAAAUUUUGAUGUGGCAGUUAAUGAGAAAAUAAAAGAACGUCCAAAAAAUGUGGGAGCAUCAUUUAUGUUUGUGCCGAGUGUUGAACCAAUUAUUGACUUUCAUAAACGCUUGCGUACUAUAAAGGUUUCCGAAAUGUGGGUUGAUUUACUUUUAUUGGUAGCUUCACUUCUUGGAAUAUUCACAAUAUUUUAUACAUGGAAUUAUGAUUAUUGGAAAAAGCGUCAACUUCCAUUUGUAAAACCAAUUUUCCCAUUUGGUAGCAUUAAAGAUGUAAUCCUUUUGAGAAAAACUUUUAGCUCGUUAUUGGAUGACUUGUAUUACAAGUAUAAAGAUUACAAAUAUAUUGGAAUGUAUUUUGGACGUCACCCUGUCCUAUUUAUUCGUGACGCAAAUUUGGCUAGAGAUGUUAUGAUGAAACAUUUUAAUCAUUUCCAUGACAAUGCAGCACGUAUCAGUGAAAAAGCAGAUCCAAUAGCUGGCAAUAAUCCUUUUAUAUUGAAAGGAGCGCAAUGGAAAACUACACGGGCUCAUUUAACACCUGGAUUUACAACUUUAAAACUAAAACAAAUGUUUCCAAAUAUGUCUUCGGUAAGUGAACGCCUUAUAGCAUAUAUUCAACAACAUAUUGACUCAUCCAAAAAUAGUAUUGAAGCAAAAGAACUUUCUGGUAGUUUUGCAACUGAAGUAUUUACUUUAGCUGCAUUGAAUAUCAAAUCGGAUUCAUUUGAAAAUCCAAAAAGUCCAUUCAAAACAAUUGCUAAUGAUUUGUUAGCUGGUUCACCUUUAAAAUUGUUCAUAACUUGGACAUUAACAGUUGUGGAUCCAGCAUUAGCGGUAUUGCUACGUAUUAGAUUAUUACCGAAAAAAGCAGAAAUGUAUUUUAGGAACGCAAUAAGUGAUGUUUUAAGUCAUAGAGAAAGAAAUAAUUUGGUUUUUAAUGAUUUUUGUAAUUAUUUAAAUAAUCUUCAACUUAAAAAUAGCGAUUUUACAAGAGAUGAUGUAGUUUCAAAUAUGGUUACAAUAUUUCUUGAUGGCGUUGAAACUGCAGCACAAGUGAUUAGAGUUCUUCUACGUGAAGUAGCUGCAUAUCCAGACGUAUACAAAAAAUUACGAGAUGAAGUUGAUACAAUCAAGAGUAAAUAUAAUGAUCAAAUUACUUUUGAUGGUUUACAAGAAAUGACUUAUUUGGAUGGCUGUUUAUUUGAAACGUUACGUAUUUAUGGUGUACUUCUGGCCUCAAUGCGAGUUUGUACACAAACAUUUGAAUUCCCACCACCAAAGGAAGGUGAACCUGCUUUGAAAAUUGAACCAGGAAUAGGAGUAAUACUUCCAUUGUAUUCAAUACAUCAUGAUGAAAAAAUACAUCCAAAACCGGAGGAGUUUAAUCCAGAUCGUUUUAAUGAUGAAGAAACCAAAGAACAAGCAAAAGCUAAUUUUUAUGGAUUUGGUGCUGGGCCUAGACAGUGUUUAGGCAUGAGAUAUGGAUCAUUGGUGGUGAAAUUAGGAAUUGCAACAAUUAUAUCCAAUUUUGAUGUGACUUUAAAUGAAAAGACAAAAGAACGACCGGAAAAUAUUAGUCCAUCGUUUUUAUUUUCACCAAGUUUUGAACCAAUUUUGGAUUUUCAUAAACGUGGAAAAAUUUACAAAUAAAAGUGAUCAAUCUUUCGUAAUAGGCUUUCAUCUUAAAUUUGAAAAAUUGGUUUAGACGUUACAUUAGUAUCUGAU